AUGGAUUGCCUCUUUUCUUUUAAAAAGAGUCUCCGUAAAGCACGAAUGGGUCAGCUCGACCGGGAAAGGACCACGCUCUCACAGAAUACCAACGUAAAAUGGCAGCUUGAUACUGCUGUGUUUCGUAUGGUGAGUGUAGAGAACCGGAGACCCAUUUUACUGGGAAAGAGGCAUUCCAUCUUAGUCCCCUGCAUCUGCAUUUUAAUUCGCAAACGAAGAUAG